AUGUCUGAAUCUCCUAUGCCCUUUGGCCUUAAUGCUUUCGCCGAUGUCACCGGAGCUGCUAGCUUUUUGGAUUUACUCCCAGCCACCUAUCGAACAAAGACAGAUGAAAUUGUGUUCCCCUGUUCUAAAAAUUUGAGCUCAAUCCUUGAUCAUGACCUCCUGGUGCACCGUCUGAAUUGUAUUCACUCUUGGUUAUGGAUGUGCGGUCGGCCCAUGCCUCCCCGCGCGAUGCAUAAACAAAUGGCUCUUUCACGUACGAUUGUUUUGACAGAGGAUAUGGACAUGCAUCUAUUGUGGUUGGGCAAUCGGAUUUUUAUCAAACCUUUGCCCCUAUAUCUACUGCAUUCAGACUUUUGGAAUAAACACAAUGCCUGCUUUCUGACAUCUGGGCAAAGUGACCCCUCUCCGACUCAGAGCAUAUCAAGAGUCGGGACACAGGGUCUACUUCCCCCAGCUAUGACAUGGGAACAGUGGCGAAAUUUUUCAAGUCAAUUCCUAUCGCAGCACUGCUACUUUUCUAUAAAUCCGCGAUUUUGGUAUGGUGAGCUGGGCUUGAAUCGUCUCAACAUGAUAUACUCUUUGGCCUGGGGUCUCAUAUUUCGUGGCUACUCACGGGUUGGCGGGGCGGCGACAUAUGAGGAGCUCAUACGCCAUAACUUUGCUGCCCUGGCCACGAUUCUGGCAUACGCUAUAGUUGUGUUAAGCGCUAUGCAGACUGGACUCUCUACGGACAGACUGCAGAGUGACCAGACGUUUGUUAAUGCUAGUUAUGGGUUCACCGUGUUUAGUAUAAUCGCUCCACUGACUGGGGUAGUGAUUUUUCUGCUAGGAUUACUGUGCCUCGUGUUGUACAAUUGGGAUGCAACGAAUGGAUAUGAGGCAAUGCGAUUCAAUGCGAUGGUUCUAGAGCUUCCUCGAAGACAGGAUCCGUUCAGCACUAACACCAGCCCAUGA